AUGAAGAAGCUGAGGUGGCGGAACAGCAGCCACACAGCCUUCCCCCAGAUGAGGUCCGUCCCGCCGUACCAAGCCCACACCUUCUGCAGCCACAUGUCCCGGGAGCCCACCCCCGAUGAAGCCCUGGAGGAUCGAUACCUCCUCAAAGCCAUCGCCUGGCCCAAGCUCCCCGCCCGCCCCGCCCCUGCGCCCCUCAACCAGACCAGCGACCCUGUGCACAGCCUGUUCACCAUCCUGCCCUCAAAGGGCCAGAAGGAGUGGCAUGUUGGGGACCAGCUGGAGGCCCUGGUCCAGAUGAACGACUUCCAGGGCAGUCCCAAGCGCUACGGCGGGGACUUCCUGGUGGCCCGGCUCCACUCCCCGGACCUUGGGGCCGGGGUGGCGGGUAAGGUAGUGGAUCACCUCAAUGGCUCCUACUCGGCACUGUUUCCCCUGCUGUGGGGGGGCUCGGCCCAGGUGCAGAUCACCAUGGUGCACUCCAGUGAGGCUGUGGCCGUGCUGCAGCGGCUCCGCGAGGAGCGGCCCAACCGGGUCUUCUUCAAGAGUCUGUUCCGCUCGGGCAAUCUGUCCGAGACCACCACGUGCAUCCCGUGCCUGCCACUCAACUACCCGCAGCAACCCCUGUGCAAUUACACCAACCUCCACACAGGGGAGCCCUGGUACUGCUUGAAGCCUAAGCUGCUGAGCUGUGACACCAGGAUCAACCACGCCAUGGGUGGCUACGAGAAUCCCCUCUUCACCAACAAAGAAGCGCGGCUAUUUCAGAGCCGUGUAAACAUCAAAGUUGUCAUCCAUGCGUCAGGACCAGAUCGUAUCAACGUGUCAAAGAUAGAAAACAGCAACAUCAAACCAGAGCCGGACAAGUACACCCCUUCUGGCUAUUACUACAAAGGCACUUGGAGGCCCCUCGGUGGAACUUCUGUUCGCCAGUUUAACGACCCCUCGUCCAUCACGCAGUGCCUUACUGGCAAGGUGAUCCAUAUGUACGGAGACUCCACGAUGAGGCAGUGGUAUGAGUACCUCAGCGCAUUCAUACCAGAUUUCAACCUGCACCGUUCAAAGAGGGUGGGGCCCUUGAUGGCGGUGGACUUUAAACACAACAUCCUGAUGAACUACCGCUGUCACGGUCCGCCCAUCAGAAUCUUCCCUGUCAGCACCAGCGAGCUACGCUACGUCGCCAAUGAGGUGGACGGCCUGGCCGGAGGCCCUGACACCGUGGUGGUCUUCAGCAUCUGGGCCCACUUCACAUCCUUCCCCAUUGAGGUCUACAUACGCCGCAUGCGGCAUAUCCGCCAGGCGCUAGUACGGCUCCUGGACCGGGGCCCCGGAACCCUCGUGAUAAUCCGGUCGGCUAACUUUGUGGCCAUGGACCAGACGACGAGCAAGCACAGCAGCGACUGGUUCUCGCUGCAGAUCGACAAGGUUCUCAGGACCAUGUUCAAGGGCCUGGCUGCUGUGUUUGUGGAUGCCUGGGAGAUGACCUUAGCCCAUCAUAGCCCCCACAACAUCCACCCGCCCCCGCCCAUCAUCAAGAACAUGGUGGAUCUCAUCCUGUCUCGUGUGUGCCCUGACAAGAAGAAGAGCUAAUGAAAAACAAAGAAGGGGGGGGGGGGGGAGUAGUUGAUUCA